CAAAAAAUCAACCCUAGGGCGGAGAAAAUCUGAUCUCUGCCCCCAUUUUCGCUCCAUAUUCUAUGUCGAGAGCUCAAACAUUUGGAGAGUAAUUCUAUCAACAAAAUCUAUGGCAUAUUUAUCACCCUCGAUUUGGAUUUUCCACAGAUGACUAAAAAGGAGAAAAUGGGCAAGUCUUGAGGCAUCAAUAGAAUGCAAAUUUAAAUGAAGAAUGGUUUGCCGCACUACUAGAAGGGGAUGCAGUUUUCAGGGCAACGUGGGAUCCUCCAAAUGGUCCUCCUUUAGCAUCCCAACGAUUUCAAGAACAUGCUUCACUAAGCCCAUUGAAAGAACAAUCUAUACAAGAUAGUGCAGGUGGUUCGCCAUCUCAACCGAUUGCCGAUAUGCAAACACCAGAACCUGAGGAAAAUUAGGUCGAAGAUAAUCGAAUGACUAUCGUCCUCGACAAUUUCUUUUCCAAUCAGACUGUGAUUCAAGAGGUCCGACUCAUAAAUAAAAAGUUAUUCAACCCAGAAGCAAUAAAGAUUAUUCUCAUCUUAUUCCAUUUCGAUCAAGUAACAUUAGUGAGCAAAACUGGAAGAAUUUAUGUACAACUUGGAACUCAGAGGAGUGGCACAAGAAAUCAAAAGCUAGUUUUGCAAAUCAAAAAGGUAAACUACUUGAAGGUGAAGUCACAACAAGAAGUACAUUGGGCACAUAGAAGAAGUCAAAAAUAUUAAAAGAAUUGGAAAAGUAUUCUGAAGUUAUGGUUACUAAGUUUGAGAAAGAUCGUGAAAAGUGGCCAAUGCUUGAUAAAGAUGCUUGAGUUCAAGCAUCUAGUGGGGUUCAAAAGGCAGAUCAAUGGACGGGUGUCCCUUUGGAGUUUUCUAAUCCUGAUGCAUUUACUUCAGCCGCUAUGACAUCACAGGUGGAUAAUAGUGAGGUUGAGCAUCUCCAAGCAGAACUGGAGAAGAAAUUAAAGAUGCAGCCUAGAAAGGAAAAAUAGAGAGUUUUGAAUAAAAUUGGAAAAAACAAAGAUGGCUCAACGAGAAGAAAGAAAACGUCAUCGCGAGGUUGAAGAAGAAAUGGAUGAUUUAAGAAACAAAAUGAGGUCUUUCAAUGCAUCAAUUUCAAAUGUUUAUCGAGGACUAAUAAAAAGAGGAAUAAUUCAAGAGAGUGAAGUGAAUACUUUCCUAGUUGCUAGUAGAUCUAAAUCUGGAAGCAAAAAGAAACCCCCUCGCCCAUCAAAAACUAAACAGCCUCCCUUUGAACCUUUUUCUAAUGAUAGUGAGGACUCAGAUAAUUCAUUAUGCUCUUCAGAUGAUGAUGAUUUAGAUUGCAGGUAGAUUCAAAAUUUAAAAAAAGGAGCAAGUAUUCAACUUCUUUCAUAUCUUACUUAGUAGGUAACAAUUUUAUACUUGUUUUUUGGUAGAUGUAGAAGAAGAUGAAGAAUAAAAGCUUUACAAGCACACAAGUAAUGAUGACAUUUUCAUAAAUAGGAGCUUGGUACAUUAAUGUUUUGGAGUCUUAGACAUGGUGAAGAAUGAAGUUGUUGGUAUUGUUUUGAGGAAGUAUGUUUGCUGCAAUUAGAUUGUUUUUUAUCAUGAUGAAUAUUUGUUCUUUUAAUGUUAUUUCUUUGAUGUAGUUAUAUGUAAAAAAAAGUUGGAUUUUUU